UUCGGGAGAGGGCUCGUAAACAGGAGGCGCUGUCAUACUGUGAUCAUCCGGUUUUUUUCGGGCAAGGCGAUGCAGUACGACUACGACUUGCUCGUCAUCGGUGGAGGAUCGGGAGGUCUAGCCGCUUCCAAAGAAGCUGCUGCUCUCGGUGCCAAGGUCGCGGUUUGCGAUUAUGUCACACCGAGUCCCAAGGGAACAACUUGGGGGCUUGGAGGAACAUGCGUGAAUGUAGGAUGCAUUCCGAAGAAGUUGAUGCAUCAGGCUUGCCUACUGGGUCUAGCGGUUGAAGACGCGAAAUCGUUCGGUUGGAAGCUGCCGGACGAGAAGACUCACGACUGGGAGACGAUGGUGAACAAUGUGCAAGACUACAUCAGCGGCCUGAACUUCCGCUACCGAACGGAGUUGCGCACGAAGAAAGUUGACUACCUGAAUGCCUUGGCGGUUUUUGUCGACGAGCACACCGUUGAGCUGACAGACAGGAAGGGAAACGUCUCGAGGAAAACAGCUGAAAACUUCAUUGUGGCUACAGGCGGAAGGCCCAAGUACCUUGGCAUCCCAAAUGAGAUGGAGCUCUGCAUAACAUCCGACGACCUGUUCUCCCUGUCUUCGCCACCAGGGAAGACUCUGGUUGUGGGAGCUUCCUAUGUUGCCUUGGAAUGUGCCGGUUUCUUGAGAGGCCUCAACUACGACACCACCGUAAUGAUGCGCUCGAUUCCUCUUCGUGGGUUCGAUCAGCAGUGUGCCGAGAUGAUCUGCUCCUACAUGGAGGAGGAAGGGACCAAGUUCAUCCGUGGGUGCAUUCCAGCCAAGAUAGAAAAAGCCGAAUCUGGGAAGAUCAAGGUUUUCUGGAAGCCAACCAACGGCGGUGAUACCAUGGAAUCUGACGAGUACGACACCGUCAUGCUUGCGAUCGGGAGGUAUGCGCUCACCGAGCAGUGCGGAGUGCAGAACGCAGGAAUCAAGACGGACCCGUCAUCCAAGAAGAUCAUCGGGACAGGCACGGGCGUCGGUUUGACCGAGCAGAGCAACGUUGACCAUAUCUAUGCUAUCGGCGACGUUCUUCAUGGAUACCCUGAGCUCACACCCGUGGCAAUCCAAGCUGGUAUCCUUCUUGCACGCAGAAUUUUCGGAGCGAGCAGCAAGGCGAUGGACUACGAGAAGGUUCCGACAGCCGUCUUCACCCCUGUCGAGUACGGAUGCGUCGGUCUGAGCGAGGAGGACGCGAUCGCCCGACAUGGUGAGGAGAACAUCGAAGUUUAUCAUCAGAGCUUCAAGCCGCUUGAGCUGACUGUCCCGGGACGAGGAGACAACGCAGGAUACCUCAAGGUGAUUGUGGAUAAGAAGGACAACGAGAGGGUCCUGGGGAUGCACUACCUCGGGUGGGGUGCAGGAGAGAUCAUGCAAGGAUUCGCCAUCGCUCUGAAGCUAAGAGCCACCAAGGAGGACCUGGAUGAACUCGUUGGCAUCCAUCCGACAAGUGCGGAGCUGUUCACGACACUCAAAGUGACUAAGAGCUCCGGUCUUGACUUUCGUCAGGCCGGUUGCUGAGGUUAAGCUGCUGCCAGACUCGAUCUCUUAGGAGACGCUGCUGGAGAUAAGCAAGGCGUCUCCUGGGAGAGGUUUGGCAGCAGGACGAGGAGGCAGAGGCCCACCUGCUGUGCGCGAUUCUUGUCGCAUUCCGGCGGGUUUGAUCACCUCCCCGAAGCCCAAGGGUUUGCAUGCAGAGCAGCAUGCAGCUAUGAAGGACAAGCUUCAAACGCUACGCGCAAGCUUGACCCGAGACAUGCCCAUCACUUUGACUACGUUUUUAUAAUGUAACGGUUCAUUGCCCAC